AAACAACUCUUAGCUUGGAAACAUUUAUAAAGCAAUUUUAAAUGGACCCUUGUAGUCAGUUAUCAAGCAACAGUCCAAACAAUUAAACUAGAUUUACAAUUGUAAAUAUUUGCUCAUUAUUUUAUACUUUAAAUAUAAGUGAAGUUUUUAUUGAAUUUUUAAUUCAUAAAUAUUCAGGAAACAAUAAAAAAAAUGAUUAAGGUGUUGAUUGUCAUAUUUGUGUUAAUAAAUUCAGUAUUUACGAGAUGUAACUAUAUGCGGUGGAGUGGAUGCGAAGAUUCUGAAGAAGCUGGUAAAUCAAAUCAAGAGGCUAUGUCAAAGCUGGGUUUAUUAUUCCAAUCAAAGUUUUCAGGAAAAAAAGACCCUGAAGUUAAGUUAGCGGACCAACGUGAAGAUCUCGAUUCUGAAAAGUUUAAUGAUGAACUUAAUGAUGUUCUGCGUUCAAACCUUGUUAAUUUUAACGAAAAAAAACCUGAUGAGAAAAACGAAGGUGACGUUAACCACAUAACAGAAGAAACAACUCUAAGUGAAAAAAACUACAAAAUUUUUAAAAAAAUGGAUAAUAUUAUUCAUAGUCUGAUGGGAAUUCCAUUGGGAAUUGAUCAAUUUGUUGCUAAAAAUAGAAGAAAAUAACUUAUCGCUGCGUUCUUUUACUUAAAUACGUUUUGUUUUAAUAUACUUUUGCAUAUAUAUUACAUUUAAAUAGGCACACCA